AGGGCUUGUGCGUUUUUUGAUCUGUGAAGGCCCGAAGAUGACAUUCAGAAGGGGGGAAAGAAGAAAAGAAAACGAGCGAACGAACGCAAAGGAAUAAAACGCUGGAAAAAUUUCCAUUCGGGAGGGAGAAAACAAAACCGUAAACCCAGAAAACCAUAAAACGCAGCGUCGUACAGUACUCGCACGCUACGAUCGUUGCUUUGUCGACCUGUUCCUCGACGGCACACUCAUUUUGCAUCGCAAAUUCUUCACCCACCGCAACUCUUCGCUUCCACACGUGCGUUCCUCACCUCCAAUUUCGUCAGUUUUUUUUUUUUUGGUGUGACGAGUCGGAAGAUGUAUGCACAUGCACUGGACACUCUCUGUUGUAUUUACUACUGCUUUUGCUUUCUUCAGGGUCUCUAGUCAUUCCAACUUCCAUCUCAUGGAUAUUGGCAUUUGCACACACCUCUGAAUAUUUCUGAAGAUUUCAAGAAUAAACUGUAGCCAUACAUUGUUUGUUUAAGAUGCCUUUAGGUUCAAAUUCAGAGUCAGCCAAAGUUGACCUUGCCAUGAAUCAGAAUGCACUUUCUUCUUCUGAUAGCCAUGGAAGGACUUUGAAACCUGAGGAGGAUAAAGAAGUGGGGGAGGAAGGGGAGGAGGAAGAUGAAGAUGCAGAUGCAGAUUUUAACCCUUUUUUAAAGGAAACUCUUUCACAAGAAGCAUCUUCAAGUUUGAGCUCUGAAGUUGAUGGUUUGGAUGGUAAUGUUGUCACUAGUGGGCCAUCUGGGGGUUCAGGGUUAUCAAAGGUAACUACUAAGGAGCAAAUCUAUACUGUUGUAGAUACUGAACAUGGUGAGGAAGAAAUUAUUUUACAAUCUUCUAGUAUGAUUUCUCAGUCAGAGAUUAAUCAAGAGAAGCACAAUGACCUAACUAGUGCAACUGAUGGUAAUGGUUCUAGAACAGAACUAAGUAACAAAACAAAAUCCUGGAGUCCAGUAAUAGACAUAGAUAAUGAGGAUGCUAUCUGUAUGCGCACCAGAGCUCGUUAUUCACUUGCAAGUUUUACACUUGAUCAGCUUGAGACUUUUCUUCAAGAGACCGAUGAUGAUGAUGAUCUUCAAAAUGCUGAUGAUGAAGAAGAGUAUAAAAAAUUUUUAGCAGCUGUUUUACAGGGUGGCAAUGGUGAUGGUCUUUUAACUCAUGAAAAUGAAAAUCUUGAUGAUGAUGAGGAUAAUGAUGCAGACUUUGAGAUAGAACUUGAAGAGUUAUUAGAAAGUGAUGCCGACGACAAUGCAACAGUAAAACCCCGAAAGGAGUAUGAUGGAGCUGGACGACGACCUGAGACUAGGCAAAAUAAGCGCCAAAAAGUCUCUGCCCAAUAUGAGAAGAAAAUAUUAAAAGAAGUCAAGAGGCCACUGCGCCCCAUUUUGCCUUGGCUUAACGGGCCCCUACCUUCAGGGAAAGGUUUGAUUCCUGAUGCUACACUGAGCUUUCAAUCUUCUGCUUCAGGAAAUGGUCUUGUCAAUGGGUUUACUCCCCAGCAGAUUGGUCAAUUGCACUGUUUGAUACAUGAGCAUGUACAACUUCUUAUUCAGGUAUUUUCUUUAUCGGUUCUUGAACCUUCCCAAAAACAGGUUGCUUCUCAGGUUCAAGGUUUGCUUUUUGAGAUGCUUCACAAACGUGAUGAAAUAUUAGCUUUGAAAAGAGUGCCAUAUCCCAGUGUUUGCUUUACUCCAUCUUUUGCUUGCUCAUCUGUGUUCGACGGAGGCUCAAAAUUCAUCCAGGCCCAGUGCAAUAUAGAAUAUUCUCCUCCACAGGAUGCACAGAAUGUGUGGCUUUCUCAAUCCAAUCAGAGAUCCUCUGAAGGUUUGAACAGGCAAAGAGGUUUCCAAGUUACUGAAAGUUCUUUCUGGGUUCCUUUUGUAAGAGGCCCUGUACUAUCUAUUUUGGAUGUUUCUCCUCUUGAUUUAAUAAGAAGAUAUGUAGACGACAUUAAUUCUGCUGCCCAAGAGUUUCGAAAGAGAUAUAUUGAGUCUGGUAGUAGUGAUUCACCUGUUCAAAAGGAACCUCUCUUUCCUGUUUCUUCACCAGUUGCUGAAGCUAAUGGUGAAAUUUCAAGGGGAACCAUCUCUAGAGCAGUUAAUGCAGUCUCACCUUCAACUGGGAAACAACGACCUAAGAAAACAUUGGCUGCUAUGCUUGUUGAAAGUACAAAGAAGCAGUCAAUUGCUUUGGUGCAGAAGGAGGUUGCAAAGUUGGCUCAAAGAUUUUUGGCCUUAUUCAAUCCAGCAUUAUUCCCUCAUAAGCCACCCCCUGCUGCAGUUGUAAAUAGGAUACUUUUCACUGAUUCAGAGGACGAAUUACUGGCCUUGGGGAUAAUGGAAUAUAAUACAGACUGGAAAGCAAUUCAACAACGUUUUCUUCCCUGCAAGACUAAGCAUCAGAUUUUUGUCAGGCAGAAGAAUCGUUGCUCUUCAAAAGCAUCAGAGAAUCCAAUAAAGGCUGUUCGGAGAAUGAAAACCUCCCCAUUGACUGCAGAGGAGAUAGCAUGCAUUCAAGAGGGACUUAAGCUUUAUAAAUGUGAUUGGACGUUAGUAUGGCAAUAUAUUGUUCCACAUCGAGAUCCAUCCUUGCUUCCACGCCAGUGGCGCAUUGCUCUUGGCACUCAAAAGUCAUACAAGAUAGAUGCAUCAAAAAGGGAGAAGCGGAGAUUGUAUGAGUCAAACAGAAGAAAGUCGAAGGCAUUAGAAAGUUGGCGAGCUAUAUCUGAUAAAGAGGAUUGUGAUGCUGAAAUUGCUGGUUCAGAGUGCAUGUAUUCAGAAGUUGUCCCGUAUGUCCACCAGGCGUUUCUGGCAGAUUGGAGGCCAGACACAUCUACUCUUACUUAUCCCGAACGCAUUUCCACUACAUCUGGAGAAGGAAAUGUUGCUCACAAUGCAUUUUCUCAAGAAGAUAUUCAAUUUUAUAGGGGUACUCAUGAUUAUGGUUUAAGUGGAAAAGUUCCACAUCAGAAUGGUAAUCAGUCUGCAUUACCAUCUGUAUCCAAGCUUCCUCAGCCUUUUCAUACCAUGUCUGAUUUGAGAAAUGGAAUGAAAGGUGUUCCUAGCACCAUUAAUCCUAAGAAACCUGUUUUUGACGUGACCUCUAGCUCCAAAUACUAUUGUCGGCCCUAUCGGUCUCGGAGGGCACAUAAUGCUCACUUGGUGAAAUUGGCACCAGAUUUGCCGCCCGUAAAUCUUCCUCCAUCUGUUCGUGUAGUUUCUCAAACAGCUUUUAAAGGGUUCCAGUGUGGAACAUCUAAGGUUCAUCCUCCUGGAGCUGGUGUAGCUGCUUGUAGAAAAGAUUAUUCUGCAUCUCAAACUCCUCAUGGUGAGAAAUCUGAAAAUGUUCAUCCUGUUAAAGGUGCAAGACCUACAUUGGAAGAUAGUGUCACAGGCUCUCAAUUAGAAAGAUCUGAAACUGUUGAAGGCAAAUCUCUUGUGGCAGAAAAAGGCACCAGGACCGAUCUCCAGAUGCAUCCUCUCUUGUUCCAGGUCACUGAAGAUGGCAAUGCGCCUUAUUGUCCGUUGAAAUUUAGUUCUGGUACUUCUAGUUCAUUCAGCUUCUUCUCAGGAAGCCAACCCCAACUAAAUCUGAGUCUCUUCCAUAGCUCACAGCAACAAAGCCACAUUGAUUGUGCUAACAAGUCCUUAAAGUCAAAGGAUUCCACUUUAAGAUCUGGAGGCAUUGAUUUUCAUCCACUUCUGCAGAAAUCUGAUGAUACACAGUCACCAACAAGUUUUGAUGCCAUUCAGCCUGAGUCACUGGUUAAUAGUGGUGUGCAGGCUAUAGCCAAUAGAUCUUCUGGCCUCAAUGACAAAUCCAAUGAACUUGACUUGGAGAUUCACCUAAGUUCUGUAUCUGGAAGGGAGAAAUCUGUGAAAAGUAGACAGCUAAAGGCACAUGAUCCAGUAGGGUCCAAGAAGACUGUAGCAAUUAGUGGAACAUCGAUGAAACCUCAAGAGGAUACUGCUCCUUAUUGUCAGCAUGGUGUUGAAAAUCUUUCAGCUGGCAGUUGUGAGCUUGCUUCAAGUGCCCCUUUGGUUGUUUCUAGUGAUAACAUCACCAGAUAUGAUGUAGAUGAUAUUGGUGAUCAGUCUCAUCCUGAGAUAGUGAUGGAGCAGGAAGAGUUAAGUGAUUCCGAGGAAGAUAUUGAAGAACAUGUAGAGUUUGAGUGUGAGGAAAUGACAGAUUCCGAAGGAGAGGAUGGUUCUGGCUGUGAACAAGCUCUUGAGGUUCAAAAUAAGGAGGUCCCAAUUUCUUCUGAAGAAAAUGUUGUAAAGUAUAUGGAUUGCAUGAAAAAACCAUGUGAACCAAGGGCAAAUUAUGGUACUGAAGUUGAUGGUGGUCUCCUUAGAAAUAGUACUACACUAAAUAUUGCUUUGACUAAUGAGGGACAGGAUGACAGAAGUAAUUCUUCAUGGCUAAGUUUAGACUCAUGUAUGGCAGAUAAUCCUGUGCUUUCAAAGGCCAUACUUCAACAGAGUACGCUUGGUGAAGCUUCUGCUUCCAAAAACUUUUCAAUUGGUAAAGCUGUCAGAGAGGAGAGACAUACUGUAGACAUGGUGCAUCAGCUAAGUGUAGGUCCUCAUGUGUCUACCACUCCACGAAAACUCAGGAAGCGUUCUAGCAAAUCAAAUGCAAAUUUAAAUAUAGGAUUGACUGUUGAAAGAUCAAGCCGUGAUGGUAAUCAUGAAAAUGGUUGAUUAAAGUAAUUCUGGCAAAUGGGGUUCAAAUAGGAUUGCCUGUUGAAAAGUCGAGCCAUGAUGGCAAUCUUGAUUGAAAUUUUCUGGCAAAUGAAGUGCAAAUAUGAUUAACUUUUUGUAAGUUCAAACCAUGAUGGUAAUGCUGAAGUUUGUUGAUUGAUGCACCAUCUGAACUAACUGAGCUUGUUUUUGCUGUUCGUGGCUGUAGCUUUGGCAUCUAAUAUUUGUUGCUAUUGCUGGAUGGCAGUUAACCAGAGCUUAGGAGGGACAACCCUCUCCCCAAGGUAUUUUAAUGGGGAUCCUUCAUGUUUUCUGGGUGCUUCACCAAGAAUUGAUACUUUAAAUAUGUACAAUUACUCGCAAUGGUUGAAUUGAUAUUGUCUCUGUAAAUAAUGUUGUGAGAGAGGGUCAUAGGCAAAAUUGGCCUUGACUCUUUCAUAAUCACUAGAGAUUAUGUUCAAAAUUUUGUAAUGCGGGCGUCCAUUGUCUCCUAGUUCAUGGUGGAAUUGAUGAAUUGUAUAGAGCUAACUAUAUAUUCUUCACUAAUUCUGAUGUCCCAACAAGUAAUGUUCAAGAAAGUGCCAAUGACAUGUGGGCAAGUCAUCCUUUGGACUUGCCUUCGCCUGCACAGUGCACACCUUUCUUUGGCA